GAUUAGGGAGAAGGGAGACAUUGGUUUCGGCGGAAUUAGGGUUAGACAUGGCGGCUUCAUCGAGUAGAGUAGAUUACGAAAUCAUCACCGAUCCGUUCGAUCCACGAUGUGUGGUUGCAUGCUUUAAGAACCUCUUUGGAGAACUGACCAAGAAGGAUAAGCUUCUGCUGAAGAGGAUGCGAGGGAAAGAGGACAAAACGAGUCCAAAGGACACCCCACAGGAGGAACGCGAUCUCAUCAACGAACAGAUCAGGAAGUCACAGGGAUUUGACGUGGAUUUUUCCAAGUUCCGAUGCCUUUUUGAUUUCUACGCUGCUUUCCAUGUCGAUGAAAGACAUUCAAACGUAAUAAGAGAAACCGAUAGGCAGUUUUUCAGAAGAUUGGCUCAGGAAGCCAUUGCGGAUUACAACACUAGAGAGGGGACCAGGUUUGAAUUUGUUGAGGUCGAGAAAGCAAAUGUGUAUAGUAAUAGUGGAUUCAUUUACUUCAUCACCUUUGUAGCCAAAGAUCCUUGCGACCAGUCAAAAGUGUUUCAAGCUAAGGUCAUCAAUGUUUUCUGUAGAGAGAUUGUGCACAGCUUCUGCAGGCUUAAACCCCGUCAACAAGUAGAAUGCGAUGACUCUAGGAGAGUUGUGAAGAAACCAAGGUAUAAUACAAGAUCAAGCAAGCGUGCGGGUGUCAUUAAUUAUGUCUCUUAGAUAAUGCAAUUACCAUUGUCCGAGAUAUUCUCCUGUUUGAGGGGAAUUUUAUCUCUUUAUCAUUAUGUUUAUGUAUGACUUUUGUGGGACAACAACUACUAAAAUAUUAAAAACUUUUAUCCA